AUAAUUGUACAGUAUCAUUCUUUAAUACAUAGAUAUAUCAUUGUAUUAAAACUGAUUUACUUGAGAAUUAUUGUAUUCAGACCACACCCACUAAAAAUUUGUUAUCAGUCUGGUGGCUAUGAUUGGGAGACCCCUUCUAAUACCCACCUGACACAACCGACUAUAGAUGGUAUACAUAUUGUAUCGAAUUAUAGCAUAUUAUGGUAUUUGAAGAGACCUAUGGACUCGGGGUUUUGGGUAUGCAAAUUUGAAAUUCGUGGAAAAAGAGACACGAGUGCUGCUGAUGAAAUUCCAGGCUUAUUGGCACACGAAUCAGGCCAAAACUGGCUAAGAAACAGUGUUGUCCAAGGCUCGUCGAUAAAAAUCUGAAGUGAUAAGAUUGAGCGCAAAUCGGUAGUGGCGCUACUUAUCAGGCCGAUAAUUACGGCUGAGCAAAGCCCCCCGAAAAAUGCCUAUUGAUGAAUUGAUCUAUCCUAAAUGGGUGGACGGGGGCUGCUAAUAAAAUCUGCAGACGAUAAUUAGCAUUAAGGUUUUAUAAUUGAUAUUGAUUGAUUGCCAGCAAUUUGGUGUCUGCUUUUGGUUUUUUGGCUGGGUGGGUGGGUCACUUGCCCAGCUCCCGAGUAAUUGGGUGGCAGUAGUUCCUUGUUCCCAGAACAGCACAGUUCAGCUCGGUCAUUAUGGCGCAACAAAAGUCCAAGGAGUCCCAGUUCAAUUCCAAUCCCCCCGAAAGGUGGCAAUUGAGCCAAAAAAGGAGAAUAGCCAUUGCAUCAUUCUUUGGCGAACUAAUGGCCACUGCGAUGUUUGUCUUCAUUGCCUGCAUGGGCUGUGUCCAGACUCCACUUUUGACCAAUACGCAUUUUCAAAGUGGCCUGACCUUCGGCCUGGCCAUCCUCAUCGCUACCCAAUGCUUUGGAAUGGUGUCCGGCGCCCAUCUCAAUCCGGCUGUCACCUUGGCGGCCUGGAUUUGCGGAGUCAUUGGCUGGGCAAAGGCCUUGGCGUAUUUCGUGGCCCAGGCCCUGGGUGCUCUUAUUGGCUAUGGCUUAUUGGUGGCUGUUAUGCCACAGAAUGCCAUCAAAGGUGUCGACAAUCCGGCCGGAGUUUGUGUCACCGUCCUGGCAACUGGAAUUAAUGAAGUCCAAGGCGUGUUUAUCGAGUUCCUGAUCACCUGUUGUCUGGUGAUGGUGGCCUGUUCCGUAUGGGAUCCUCGAAACAGCAAGUUUCAGGACUCGGUUCCUGUGAGAUUUGGUCUAGCCGUAUCCUGUUUGAUCCUAACAGCGGGUCUUUUCACGGGCGCCAGUAUGAAUCCCACUCGGUCCUUGGGUCCUGCGGUUUGGAACAAUUCUUGGUCUAAUCAUUGGAUUUAUUGGGUGGGUCCUUUGCUGGCAGGAGCUGUCACUUCUCUGGUCUAUAAAUACGCCUUUCAAGGCGAGGAAAUGAUAGAGUUGGGAAGUUCAAACGCCAAAAUACGAAUGAUAGGAGAGGUUGUAGUGCAAUAAGUAUAUUAUUUUCUUAAUUUGUCGUUGGUAAUGUUAUUAUUGUUAUUCCUUUAGUUUUAUUAAAGGAAUCUGAAAAAUAAAAUGUAGGUCAAAAUUGAAAUAGAAAACUAUUACUUUACUUUGUAGCAUACAUUUGGGAUGGUCUAUUUUGGGGGCUCGUAUUUUUUUGUUUUUGGCUCGCAAUCAUAAACAAUAACUACUGAUCAAGAUUUUGAUUAAAAAAUCUUGAAAUUCCUUAAAUUUUGAUAACUAUUAACACACAAAAGAAUAAUUUGCUGAGGGCGCUUUCGAAUAAAUCUUUCCGACGCAAAACACUUUAUUCAAAGCAAGCCACUCGAAUAUGACUUAAAUCAUAUCAAUUGAAUUGUUUAUGGCAAGUGACUUAUCAAACUCUAGGUUGUCUCCGAGUUGGACUAGACUAACAGCCAUAAAGUGUACAUGUACGCUACUUAUAUCAAAAAAAUGGCCCCACGCAC